UUCAUUAUCAACUACAGUCCCUGUCUUUGGUGAAUCCAUGAUGUGGUCUGUACUGCUUUUCGUGAGUCUCUGCAUGGUCCUGAUGGAGGUUAUCCCAUCAUCACAACUAUCAGCUGAGGAUAAUGAAAUGUUCGUCUUCCAAGAUGGACAAUCAGGAGACGGGCCGCCUGGUAAAAUAGAUGUGAGUUUUGAUGGGCAAUCAGGAGACGGGCCACCUGGUAAAAGAGAUGUGAGUAUUGAUGGGCAAUCAGGAGACGGGCCGCCUGGUAAAAGAGAUGUGAGUUUUGAUGGGCAAUCAGGAGACGGGCCGCCUGGUAAAAGAGAUGUGAAUUUUGUUAACGACAAGGGCAGACUGUUGUACGGAGAGGAUUGUUGGCCUCCAUCAUUGGGCAGAAGACGUUAGUACUGUAGCAGCUCA